CGUCCCUCCAGCAACAUGUCCUCGUCGGGGGCGCAGCGUGUCGGUCCCGCGGCGGCUUUCCCAGAGAACCAGGGCGGUGCGGCGGCGGCAGGAGGCAACGGGGCACUGGGAGCCGCUGCAGAAGACAAACCCGUGUGUCUCAUCGUGCUCGGCAUGGCGGGCUCCGGGAAAACCACCUUCGUCCAGAGGCUGACGGCUCAUCUUCACUCCCUUAAAGCUCCGCCAUAUGUUAUCAACCUGGACCCAGCCGUGCAUGAGGUCCCCUUCCCCGCAAACAUCGACAUCAGGGACACCGUGAACUACAAGGAGGUGAUGAAGCAGUAUGGCCUCGGACCCAACGGAGGCAUUGUGACAUCACUAAACCUGUUCGCCACCCGUUUUGAUCAGGUGAUGCAGUUCAUCGAGAAGAAGCGUCAGAAUCACCGGUAUGUACUAAUUGACACUCCAGGUCAGAUUGAAGUCUUCACCUGGUCAGCGUCUGGAACCAUCAUCACUGAAGCUCUGGCAUCAUCCUUCCCCUGUGUGGUGAUCUAUGUCAUGGACACAUCCCGCAGCGUCAACCCUGUCACCUUCAUGUCCAACAUGCUAUACGCCUGCAGUAUCCUCUAUAAGACCAAGCUGCCCUUCAUUGUGGCCAUGAACAAGACCGACAUCAUUGACCACAGCUUUGCAGUGGAGUGGAUGAAGGACUUUGAGGUCUUCCAGGACGCUCUGAACCAGGAAACCUCAUAUGUGAGCAACCUGACGCGCUCCAUGAGCCUCGUGCUGGACGAGUUCUACACCAACCUGAGGGUGGUGGGCGUGUCUGCAGUGACAGGAACUGGAUUAGAUGAGCUGUUUGUUCAGGUGGAGGAUGCUGCCAAGGAGUACGAGAGGGACUAUCAACCUGAGUAUGAACGACUCCGCAAACAACUGGCCGAAGCUCAGGGCAAGAAGCAGCAGGAGCAGCUGGAGAGGCUCAGGAAGGACCUGGGAGCUGUGGACAUGACGAGCACACCAUCCACAGAGGAAGCUGACAUCGCCGGACCCAGUGACCUCCUCAUGACACGCGGUAAUCCUGACGAAGAGGACGAGGAGGAGGUGGACAGCGACACGGAUGACAUCGACCACAGCGUUACGGAGGAGAGCAAGGAGAGCGAAGCCUUCGGAAACUUCCUAAAGGAGAGGAAGGAAGUGGUUGAGGUCCGAAACAGGAAGUGUAUGAUGCCUCAGGAUCCCUGACCUCUGACCCCAGAGGUUUUGCUUUGCAGAAUACAGACUUAUUACCUCGAGCAUAUCUCCACCACUGACAUUCCUCCUCACAGGUUCAGAUACGAGGAGACGAAGACUGAACUUGCUGUCAUGUCAGGUGACCACACUUGCUUGGAGAAGCUGAUUGGCUGCUCCUUCCCUAAAAGAGAGAACUAUAUUUUUAUAUGAGAAAUCUUCUGUUUCAUCACUGUUGGCUUUUGAUUGUGAAAGUACCAAAAGGAUUUAUGACAUAUAAAAUAAAAUGAGCUCCAGAAGCUUCAUCUUCAUUCAGAACAAAAAUAAGUCUUCAUCAAAGCAAACAUACAAAUGUAUUAAACUUAAAAAAUCAGAGGAGUCUGAGGUAACUGAGUGGUGAUUGUUCCAGUCUGCAGAGGUGGCAGGGUGCGCAUGCAUAUUUCAGCCUGUCAGCAUCUAAAACUCGUCUUCACUGAGGAAGACUUCAGCACACUCAGAGCCUCAUCAGGCUGCAGAUGUUCACAAACCACAACGGCUGAUGUGGUAAUUACUGUCAUGUCAUUUGUUGCCAUGUUUAGGGAUGUAAUGUUUUUAUUCUUCUAUAUAUUUUACAUUACAAGUAAAAUAGUCAUGAGGAACAUCCAGAGUGUUUACCUGAGUUUGCUCAGACAUGCUCGUUCUGAGGUGGUGAGUCAAGCAAAUUUUGUUAUUGUAGCUACACAAAGUAAUGAAAGGCAUUUUGUGUUAUUAUAUUAGUAUGUAAUAAGUACCCUGGUUGACACUGAGGACGUGAAACUUUCUCAUGGAGAAAAACACCUAAACUGUCAGGAGAAACUCCUGUGAAAGUGACACGUCUUAUAGCUGAGGUGUCAGCUUAUCUGACUCAUCUGCUGGGCGGCGCAUGGAAACCAAAUUUAAUUUAUUUUGGCAAAAUAUUCCAGCCUGCUGCAUCAUUUUUCACUUUGAUUUUCAGGGUGUCUUUGAAUUCAGCCUCAUUUCAUUUCCAUCAAAUAUUGUGGCAUCCUUUCCUUCCUAACCCUAACCCAGUCCAGUAUAGAUAUGCAAGUUUUCGGGGUUUUUUUUGAGCUGUGUUUAUUAUGAGGUGCUGAAAAGUGUGCAGAGGUUUUGCCCUCUUUGUACACAAGCAACAUAAAUCAAACUAGAAGCUUCAUAAAAGCAGAGCUGCUGGAGGAGACUGCACAUAAUAAUCGGUUUAUUGAGUGUAUUUGUAAAAUAGAUGAAUGGAAAAAAUAACCUCACACACACGAGAACAAUCAGAGCUGUUCUCUGGUGUUUCUGGAGGUAUUGAUUGGUGUGCCGUGUAUCUGCUCGUCUUCAUUCAUGUCUGAGCUCUGAAUGGAUUCAGGUUGUCCGCCCGCCGACCAUCUGCCACCACGCUGCCAACACACUGCUCGCUUCAUUCGCCUACGCACUCGCUGAGAUCCGGCAGCGUGGUUGGACUGAAGAGUGUCUGACUCAUCUCUCCACUCCAUUUUUCAAGAGAACAAAACAUAAAUGUGCAGAAAAGACGGCACGCCUGCACAAAAUACUGACAGCUUCAAAGAAGUCCAACUUCUGUGUAAAUGUUUCAGCUUGUCAGGGCCCAUUUACACCAAUAGGAUAAAUAAAAGUAUACAAGUGCACAGUGUGGGCCUGAAUCUAACAGAUUUUCAUGUAAACCUGGAAAUAAUUAGAAAGUUAAAGGAUUUAGACUCGUAUCAAACUUUUCAGGGUAACGUGUAAUCAGGUGUAUCACAGCAGGUUAUGUUGUUUCUCCUGUUCUGGUCUCGGUUGGUCCAGCAGGUCUCAGGCUGCAGGAUUUAUUCAUCAGUUUCCCUCUGCUGUUUGAGGGUUUUGGCUGUAUUAUUUUGAUGAGUUCACAUUUUUUGAGAUUGAGAGAUGCCUGCUUUUCCUUCACUUCACUUUGCAGCAAGCAGGUUCAUCAUCUCAUCAUAUUCUUUACUGAGCUUUAUGCAGCCAGCAAACAUCAGACUGUAUGGAAAAAAAACAUGGAUGUGGCCAUCAUUGGUUUCUGAACUCUGCAUUUUGAUGAUGCAGUGUUAGUAUUUUGGCCUGUGUUGGGCAGGUGGAAGUACUUACAGUAUUUUACCGUGUGCUCUGUACUGCGGGUCUUUUGUUUUUUUUAGUAGGCUUGUUUUAUACAAAUGCUGUGAAAAAUGUAAAUAAAGUCAGAAUGUAAUGA